AUGGAUCCAUCCAAAGUUGAAGCCAUCCUUACUUGGCCAGCACCUACCAAUGCAACUGAGGUAAAAAGUUUUCAUGGUUUAUGUAGUUUCUAUAGAAAGUUCAUUAGAAACUUUAGUGGAAUUUGUGCUCCACUCAUAGAUACCAUAAAAGGUGGAAGGAAAUGUGUGUUUGUAUGGACCAAUGAAGCUAGUAGGUCAUUUGAGAUGUUGAAAAAGAAGAUUGCAGAACUUCCCACCCUUGUACUUCAUAAAGUCUUUGUGGUAGAAUGUGAUGCUAGCAAUAGGGCUAUUGGAGGAGUCCUAAGCCAAGAAGGGAGGCCAAUAGCCUUCUUUAGUGAAAAGUUGAAUGAGGCUAAACAAAAGUACUCCACCUAUGACCUUGAACUCUAUGCUAUGGUUCAAGCCUUGAGGAAAUGGAGGCACUACCUACUUCCUAAGGAGUUUAUUGUUUUUACAGACAAUCAUGCUUUGAGUUUUCUAAAUAAGCAGGAGAAACUUCAUCACAAACAUGUUAAAUGGAUGGAAUUCUUGCAAUCCUAUACUUUCACAAUAAAACAUAAGAAAGGUGUUGCAAAUAAGGUUGCUGAUGCUCUAAGCAGGAGGAGUUUGACCAUCCAGGAAAUUCAAUUUGAAAGUGUAGGUAUACACACAAUAAAGGACAUGUAUGCUACAGAUGAUGAUUUCAAGGAAAUCUACAAGGCCAAGGGCCAAACAUCUAAUGCAGGGCUCUAUACUCCUUUGCCUAUCCCUUCAAAGCCAUGGGAUUCAGUAACUAUGGACUUUAUGCUUGGUCUUCCAAGAACCAAAUUUGGUUAUAACAAUGUGUAUGUGGUUGUGGAUAGAUUUUUCAAGACGGCUCACUUUAUCCCUUGCAAGACCACUCAUGAUGCUUCACAUGUUGUAGGGUUAUUCUUUAAAGAGGUAGUUAGACUCCAUGGAUUGCCUAUGUCAAUCAUAUCAGAUAGGGAUCCUAAGUUUAUAGGUCACUUUUGGAGGACCCUAUGGAAAAAGUUUGGCACCAAUGUUGCCUUAUCUUCAACAUAUCAUCCCCAAUCAGAUGGACAGACUGAGGUCAUAAAUAGGUCACUUGGAAACCUCUUGAGAUGCCUAACACAAGAAUAUGGUGCAAGUUGGGAUUCUAUCUUGGCACAAGCUGAAUUUUCUUAUAAUGAUUCCAUUAAUAGGAGUACAGGUAUGACACCUUUUCAAGUUGUUUAUGGUGUGCACCCUAGAGGGAUAAUGGAACUCAAAGAUGUUAGUCAUUUGGAGAAGAAGAGUGCUUUGGCUAAAGAUUUUGUAGAGGUAAUGAAGGAUGUGCAUGAUCAAGUAAGGAACCGGUUGCAACAUACCACAAAAAAGUAUAAGGUAGUAGCAGAUAAGAAAAGAAGAGAUUUGCAAUUCAAGGUGGGUGAUCUAGUGAUGGUACAUCUGAGAAAGGAGAGGUUACCCAAGGAGAAAUAUACCAAGUUGCUGAUGAAGAAGCUUGGUCCUUGCAAGAUCCUCAAGAAGUGUGGCAACAAUGCCUACAAAGUGGACUUACCUUCUUCUAUUGGUUUGUCACCUAUUUUUAAUGUUGCUGACCUAUAUCCUUAUAAAGGAUCUGUAGAUGAUGUUUUUGUUGCAGGUGAAUCAGAUGUCCAGCAUGAUGAGUCACUCAAGGAGAUAUCACAACCAUCCAUGUUAGAGAUUGAGAGCAUCCUUGACAAGCAGGUGAUCAAACACACAAGGAGGAAGGUGUAUUAUGAGUACUUGGUCAAAUGGAAACACCAACCCCUGGAGGAAGCCACAUGGAUGACUAAGGAGGCCAUUGAAAAGGCAGGGUUUCAGUUUGAGUCCAUUCCAACUCAAGGGACUUGA